CCUCGAGACUCGACAGCAACCACCAUGAGCAACACUACUGGCACCUCGUCGCAAAGCGUCGGCGCCGACGCAGGGCAGCGUGGCAAGGGCGUCUUUGAGGCCAUCCACGGCGCGGGCGAGGCCCUCAGGGGCAACAUCAAUGCGGCAGUCGACGGCCUCGGCGACGGUAUCGCCAACCGCCCACAAGGCUCGGUCGAGUCGCGCCAGUCCCAGUCUGCUGCGUCGGGCGAGCAGCAGAGCGUCGCGCAAAAGGGCCUCGACGAGCUCAAGAGCGGCAUCAGCGCCGCCAGGGGCGAGCCGGCGGGCGAGGGCGCGACGACGACGGCGGGGCGCACGGUCUGAGCUGAGUGAGUGGAGGCACGUCGAGUUGGGGAAUGCAGUGCCUUGGUCCCGUG